AUGGAGACGACAGGCUUCACGGAAGAAGAAUUGACGGUCCGCGAAGCCAUCUUCAAAGUCAUGGAGCAGUUCCCCGAUGAAUACUGGACCGAGCGGGAUCAGACCCAAACAUACCCCCACGAGCUGCACGCAGCGUUGGCAAAAGAUGGUUGGAUUGGCAUUGCCUUGCCGUCAGACAUUGGCGGUGGUGGUUUGGGCAUUGCUGAGGCGACCAUGAUGCUUCACACCAUUGCCGAAGCAGGUGGCGCCCUUGCAGGUGCUCAGAGCAUCCACGCCAACAUCUACGCCACCCAACCGCUUGCCAAAUUCUGCACGCCUGAUCAGCGGAAGCGGUUUCUCAGCAAAAUCAUUUCCGGCGAGUGGCGCACGUGUUUCGGCGUGACGGAGCCAGAGACUGGUCUCGAGACAUUGAAACUCAAGACCAAAGCCACGCGCGACGGCGAUGGCUACCGCAUCACCGGGCAGAAAAUCUGGAUCACGAACGCGCAGAUCGCGCAGAAAAUGGUGCUGCUCGCCCGCACUACACCCCUCGAGGAUGUCAAGAAGAGCAGCGACGGUCUCAGUCUCUUCUACAUCGACCUCGAUCGAUCUCCGGGCAGCGGCUUCGAAGCCAAACCCAUCAAGAAAAUGGGCGGCCGCGCGAUUGACGCCAACCAGGUCUUCUUCGACAACUACUACAUCCCCGCCGACUCGCUGAUCGGCAAGGAGGGCCAAGGCUUCAAAAUCAUACUGCACGGCAUGAACGCCGAGCGCUCCCUGCUCGCCGGCGAAGCCCUGGGAAUCGGGUACGGCGCGCUCGAGAAAGCGGUCAAGUACGCACGCGAGCGCGUGGUGUUCGGCCGCCCGAUUGGCAAGAACCAAGCCAUCCAACACCCUCUCGCCGCCGCUUACAUGAACCUGGAAGCGGCAAAGCACACUGCGUACCAUGCCGCCCGGCUCUACGAUCGGAGCAAUCCCGACCAUCCGGACUACGACGAGAGCAUCACGCAGUACGCCGUCGGCGUGGCGUGCAAUGCGGCCAAGUACCUUGCGGCGGAGGCGAGUUUCAAAGCGUGUGAGACGGCGGUGAUGAGCAUGGGCGGCAUGGGGUAUGCAGCAGAGUAUCACGUGGAGCGGUACAUGCGAGAAUGUUUUGUGCCGCGAUUGGCGCCUGUUAGUCGGGAAAUGAUUUUGAACUUCAUCGGGGAGAAGGCGCUGCAGCUGCCGCGGAGCUACUAA